AUGAGUUCUGUGAGGCUUCUACUUGGUCAGGUGAUGCACAUCACUCCGUCGAGUGUUAUUUUCUCUGCUGAUGAAGUGGACACACUUGACUUUCAGACAGUGAGCACCAUUCCGAAAGCACACCGGGACUUUGUUCAAAAAAAUGGACUCAUUGCGAAGGUUAUGCUCUCAGUGACAUCAAAAAUAACGAGCUGGAGCACACGGGAGGAGCGACAAAAGAUUUGGUGGGACGCACUGACGAGCACUGGGCUCGUCAGGUCCAAAGCGACCACCGUUGAGGUGCCAACUAACCUGAGCGGUGUGUUUUGGCCCAUUAUAGACGAUGAACAAUUGAUGAUAUAUGCCGAUGCGGCGAUAAAGCGCCAUGCGAAUCUGAAACUUAAUGAGUGCCCUUACGUUGUUCCAGUUUUAUAUGCGCAGCAAAUAUUUUAUAAGUGCCAGGAGGUCAAGGGGACGCUUUGUGUAGUUUGGAUGCCGAAAUGUAGGUACAACUUGGCUCACUGGACUAAGGUGCAAGUGCCCAGACGGUUCAUCCCCGAAUCUGUACUAUACAAACUUAUAUACGACAUCACCAAUGCUCUAAUUUUCCUUCGCGAUGUUUGUGUGGAGUAUCCAGCCUGUAUCUCCAUGGAAGACAUCCUCGUCGGAGGAGUUAGUGAUGCGGAACCAUCUUUUUUGUUGAACACAUUAACCAGUAGACCAACCUGCAAUCAGAGCGAGGCGAACAGCAGAUCGUCGUCCACGGUGCUUUUCGCACCUGAGUUGUUGAUUCAACCUUGCAAAUUGCUUACCAACUCGGCUUGUAAUGUUUGGUCGCUGGGGAUGAUCGCUUACCAAAUUGCAUCGGGACUACCUAGCGAGGAAAGUAAAGCACAUCUUAUGGGGACACGCCACGCGGCAGGUGAGAUGAUGCUUAAUCAUUAUCGAUUGAAACCAAGCGAUGUUGUACUUCGUGUGCGGGCAGUACUGCAGGCGGGUUCUUACAACAACCCGUUUAUUCACCUCCUGCUUCUUAUGCUAGGUCAGGACCCACACACGCGACCAACACCCUAUGUGGUCUAUGAAAUGCUCCGUGAUAUUAUGCGUUUCAAGCCUGUCAUUCGCUUCCCGUUUGCCAUUGGACCCUUCACUCUGGUGCACUUGUGGUCGGAUGACAAAAUAGCAGUCGAUCCAGUACAGCGGCGGUACGAUACAGAGGCUACCUGUAUCGUAUGCAACGAAAGCCGCAGCAAUUUGAUGUGCGGGGACAAUGAGCACACGUCUGCACUGUGUUCACCCUUGUGGUCCGCGGAGGAGCCGCUUCCGGGGUACGCAGUAGCUCGUGAAACUUCCAUGACUUACUUGUAUCCCAUGCUUGGGAGAUUGGACAAAAAAGCGCAGCGGCGGUACAUCGAUGCAGCAUUACGUGGCGACAAAAUGAAUAGAGGCAGCUUGCUUCAACUGCUCGGUGGUUUCGCUUUGUUGAAACCCAAUGAGGGGAAAAGUGCUGUGGCUCACGACGUGAUGAUUCCUUUACCUAAUGGUGUUCUUCAUAAGGAUGAAAAAGUCGCAGUGGCUGCGGAACUCAAUUUCACCGCGGCACUGCCGUGGCCUUCGCAGUGCACUUUCAAACUCCAGCAGGAGGGGAGAAUACAGUGGUCCAUACCUGGGUUAUUCGGCUUCUCCAAUGCCCGUUGGUAUGCGUGGAUAUUACCGGGAGAGAAGCUGGAGUUGAAUGGGGAACCGUGGGUACCGGCCCCUGAUGGUGCUUUCGUGUUUUGGUUUAACGAAAGUCUACAACCCUCAGAGUAUGAUCGGUAUUUCGUUGUCUGCAGUGUCCUCUCCUUGACGUGGCAGGCGAAAAUGAAGAGCAACGUGCUUCCCGACCACGUCUUCAAGAGAAAGGGUGAUGUCGGUGGUUUGACACCCAGCAACGGAUCUGAGGGCGGUUUCUCAAGCUGUACAACAUCCCACAACGGCGAAGGGUCGGCGGAACGUCACUCCAAAAAAGAUGUGGACGGUGUGAACAAAAGUGGUCGUAGCGCGUUAGGGCAACGCUCUGUGAACUCGUUGCUCAAUCUCCCCAAAGUUGGGGAUCUGCAGUGCACAAAGGGAGAUGGUAUAUUGCCCGCCCGGAGGCAGGUGAGUAGCACUGCAAAUACCACCUCAUCAUCAUCCAACUCUUGUGAUUCUGAUAACUCAAAUCCUAACCACCGACGGCCUCCGAGGCGUGGAAGUGCGGUUGUGCGCAUGGACUAUGUGGAUGAUGUUGUGCCGGAUAUGAUUUUUGAUGGCACAGGGGAGACAAACAGCAAAGGGCAGCCGCUGCAACCUCAGCAGCGAAACGGGGUUACCGGACACCGAUCAAACUCAACAGAAGGUAUCAUAUCUGUACUUCAUAGGAGUGAAGACGGGAUGGCUUGUUCCACACCUCGUGAGCCAACGUACCCUCGAGAGAGACCUCAGGGCAGGCACAUAAACCCUCAACCAACCGAACCAACGGCUAACCCCCGUCCUCCACCUCCGAAUAAUUCCCCCGGAAGACGUCAACGGCACGAAGGUGAGGGCAAGUUUGGUCGACUACCAAGUGGAAUGGUUACAACACCAACCCUCUCCAAAUCACCAUCCGGAUCCCGCUUCUCUGGUCGGCCAUCAUCGCCAAGCGCCGCGGAUGUUAACCGGACGUUGUCACCGAAGGAGAGCGCAGUGCUUCAACAGAGUAAAACCGGAUUCCCACUGCAAUCGCCCCCAUUACGUGUGUUUGGACGUUGGCAUCCUCCGCGGCACAUUGACGCGCCGUUUCAAUCGCUUACAUUCUGCACAUCGUCAACUGCUGAGCAUGGGACCUUAUCGCCACCAGUGAUGCUGUCGAUGGGAGUCCGCACGGCCCUCCAUGCUCCUGCCGCCGCAACUCACAUGGCGUUCGCCGCCAAUAUUAUGCCAUUAGUUCGCCGAAAUCAUCCAAAGAGCUCUGCGGCACUUGUUGUUAAGGAAAACAAUGCGCGAGACAUCAUCCCCCACCAUGGUUUGGUGUUUUAUGAUGAAAAGGAGGAGGUAGUUGGUCUUUUGGCACUGCGAUUCGCCCUGACAAGAUCUCCGGACAUCACUACAGGAGAAAUGCUUCUUCCAAUAAGGCUACUGCCGCCAGUUGUUGCGACAGCCGCCUUUAACGCGCAGUUGAAUGCUGCUUAUUUUACCGGUAAUGCAGUUUUCCACAGUAUCACACGCGUUGGGAGUGAAAGUGAAGUAUUGCGUCACUCAGAGAGUCUCCAACACCUCGGAAACUUCGAAACUCUUUCGCCCUUAUCUAAGAAACUAACCCUUUCAGGGGCGCGUUUCGGAGCAAGCGAUGAUCCACCGCACAAAGUAGUCUGCGGUGACGACGACGUCCUGCCGUUCUGUUGGAUUGGUUUUGAAAACCAGUCGCGUAUGUUGAUGAUUUCAGAUGUGCAUCGCCUCUCCUGGUAUCCAUUAUACUUCACUGAUGAAUAA